CGACAGAGAAGUACCGGAGCCCUUGAAGUUCUCAGCUUUGAUGCAGUACAGUGUACUGGGUGCAAGAUGACGGAAGAGGUGAUUGUCAUCGCCAAGUUCGACUACAUGGCCCAGCAGGACCAGGAGCUGGACAUCAAGAAGAGCGAGCGCCUCUGGCUCCUCGACGACUCCAAGUCCUGGUGGAGGGUCCGAAACGCCACCAACAAGACGGGCUUCGUGCCGUCCAACUAUGUGGAGAGAAAAAACAGCGCCAGGAAGGCGUCCAUCGUCAAGAACCUCAAGGACACACUCGGUCUCAGCCCAGAUAGCGUGUUUACUACUGAGUGCGAACGAGCUUGA